AUGUCCCCGCCAGCGCACUUCAAGCUCAACCCCGGCGCUCUCAUUCCCGCCGUCGGGCUCGGAACCUGGAAAUCCGAGCCAGGAGAGGUGGCAAGGGCUCUCGCCCAUGCUCUCAAGACUGGGUACCGUCACAUCGAUGCUGCCCUCGGCGUGCCGCGAGAAGAGAUCUUCAUCACCAGCAAGCUCUGGAACACCCACCAACCCAACAUCAAAGAGGGAUUGCAGAAGACCCUUGAUGCUCUAGGCGUCGACUGCCUUGAUCUCUACAAUGAAACCAGCGACCUCCUCCCAGUAAACCCAGAUGGGACGCGCGCCGUCGACCGAUCCUGGGACCAGAGCGAGACCUGGCGGCAGAUGGAAGAUUUCUACAAGUCCGGCAAAGCCAAGGCUAUCGGUGUCGCCAACUGGUCAAUUCCCUAUCUCGAAGAGCUUCUUGCCGACGAAGUCACGCGAGCUAUCGUGCGCGGUAGAGUGGCGCAGGACGCCCUGGAAAUCGGCCAUGCCGGGAAUCUGGGGGGUCAUUGGAACGCCGCAGAGGGAGGCGGCCAUGAUGACGUGUGA